AUGACGGUCCAAACCGAGGAGAAGCUGGAGAAGCCAUGCGUCGCAGAAGCGUCCAAAGAAGAGACGCUGAAACCGAAGGACAUGGACCGAUCCACUUCAGACGACGAUGAAGAAGAUGUUGAUGGACAUCAGCAUAAGGGCAUCAGCUUAGAUGAUCUCAGCGACGAUUGGGUCGAAGCUCAAAUGAAGGAUGUUACAGUGGCAGUCAUCGGCAAUGUGGAUAGCGGGAAGUCGACAUUGGUUGGAGUUCUCACCAAAGGUGGGUUGGAUGAUGGAAGGGGCCUGGCACGGGCCAAGGUGUUUAAUUUCUCGCACGAAGCGGCCAACGGCAGAACCAGCAGUAUCGCACAGGAGAUUAUGGGCUUCUCGCCAACGGGUGAGCAGGUGCUCAUUGACAGAAUGGGUACUUCCACGGCCAGUUCGCGAAAUCAGACUUGGCAACAGGUGGUAAGCCAAUCGGAAAGAUUGGUGACCUUCAGCGACCUGUGUGGCCAUGAAAAAUACCUCAAGACUACCAUCUUUGGAUUGGUGGGGCAAUGCCCGGACUACACGAUGAUCAUAGUGAAUGCUAAUGCUGGCUUCCAGCGCAUGUCGCGCGAGCACUUGGGAAUUGCGCUUGCCUUGCGCAUUCCGUUCUUCAUCGUCAUAACGAAGAUUGACAUCGCGCCCCAGAAUGUCUUCGACGAGAAUCUUGCACAGCUCCACAAGAUCGUGAAGUCAAAUGCAGUGAAGCGGCAGCCUCUUGUGGUGACAAGCGAUGACCAGUUGGAGCAAGCAGCCUCCGGAAUCUACGGCAAACAGGUGUGUCCCAUGUUCUGCAUUUCCAACGUAACGGGAGAGGGUCUUCCCCUGCUGCGUUCUUUCCUGCAACGGCUGCCAUCAAGGCUACAGGACAGCGGUCUCUUCAAACCACCAAGCAGUCCAGCUGAGUUUCACAUUGACUCCAUCUACGUCGUGCCUGGUGUUGGUCUGGUCGUUGGCGGUGUAGUUCGAUCAGGUCGUAUAUGCCCUGGACAGCAUCUGCUUCUGGGUCCAGACAAAGUGAGCCAGUUCAAGCCGGUUAUGGUCAAAACCAUUCAGUACAAGCGUGUCACUGUUGAUAUGGCUGAGAGUGGUCAGCACUGCAGCUUCGCCCUUCGUUCUCUGGUGAAGAGGGAGACGCUAAAGAAGAGCAUGUUCAGAAAAGGCAUGGUGAUGCUCGGCCCGGAGCUGCAACCGAGGGCCAUUUGGUCUUUCAAGGCUGAGCUCUGCUCCUCUGCUCUAGCCAUGGUCAUCAAAACAGACCUCUGCAACUACACGGAGUACAGGAUCUACCCCGGCCACGGUCAAAAGUUCGUGGCAAAGGACGCAAAGGUGAACUUCUUCAUCUCAGCCAAGGCAGACUCCUUGUACCAUCAGCGCAUCAAGCCGGUCAAACUCCGCUGGACUCAAGCCUGGCGUCGGCAGAACAAGAAGGGCAAGGUCGAAGAGGGUGGCAAAAAGAAAGCCCGGAAGGCGCAGAAGUUUCAGAAAGCGAUUGUGGGCAUGUCCUUGGAUGAUCUCAAGAAGAAGAAAGCCAUGAGGCCUGAGCUUCGCCAGGCACGGGAGCAGGCCGCAAAGGAGGCCAAGGCCAAGCAGCAGGCAGACAAGAAAAAAGCAGCUUCCAGCAAGCCGGCAGUUCCCAAGGGAAAAGCCGACAAGGGUGCGAAGUUGCCGAAGGGUGGAGGUGCCCCAGCCGGUGGUUCCAAGAACUUCAAGGGCAAGAAGUGA